GCGGAAUGUUGUGCUCCUCGAAAGGGGCGGUUUCAGCGGCCCAGCCGAGUCGCGGUAUCAGGCUUAUGGAAACGUCGACACAGGAUUAUCAGCUCGUUCUGCCCCAGCUUCCAUCAGGUACAACUGUCUGCAAUACUGUGUUUUUGCAUGGUGAUUUAAAAGCCCGCCCCUACCGAGUUGAGCAUUUUCGCGAUGCGCUCGAUCGUCUCAAGCUGAUGCCGGAGGUGACGGCCCUAGGGGCGUAUCAGAUGAACCACGUUUGGGCAAUAACUUUUAAGGACGAAGAGGGAAAAAAGAAGCUUUUGUCGGCGAAAACGCUCAGCGUUAAGGACCACCGGUGCGUCGCUAUUGACCCCUGUCACCAGGACAUUAGGAUGAAGAUGUACUGGCUGCUUCACACGACGCCCGACGAGGAAGUUCGAACAGCCUUAGCGCCAUACGGCACCGUGACUGAGAUAUGCAGGGAGAAGUGGCGUGUUCCAGGAUGCGGGGACAAAGGCUCUCACACUAGGCUGGUGUCGCUGCGCUUGAAAGCUGGCAUGACCAUUGAAGACAUACCACAUCAGCUACGAGUGGGGGAAGACCAUGCGCUCGUGUUCGUGCCUGGCAGAGCCCCGCUCUGCCUCCGGUGCCACGGCACCGGCCAUAUCCGGCGCGAGUGCCGUGUGCCACGCUGUGGGCUCUGUCGUCGUUACGGCCACGACGAGACUCAGUGCGUGAGGAGCUAUGCCAACGUGACCGGAUCUGGCAGGGGUGAAGCCUUGGAGGAACACAUGAUGGACCAGGCCGACGCGGAAGCAACUUCUGGAGGGAGCAGCGACUCGCCUGCUUUGCAGGUGAGGUCCGAUCUGAAGGCUAGUGGAGAAUGUCAGCCCAGCGGAAGAAAGGACGAGAGUCAAGAUAACAAAGGUCAAGACGUACCGGGAGCGGAGGCGUCCAUGGUACGUCCAAAGGCGGUGGCUACUAAGGGGGAGGCUCCUCGAAGCUCCUCUGGAGUAGACGCUACUGAAGAGCCUGUUGAGGGCAUGGAUUUAACGGGUGCGAGCUCAAAGAGGCCCAGGGACCCGUCAGAGGGAGGAGACGGACGUGAAGGUGAUGACGGUAGCUGCGAGGGUCCUCCUCCGAAAGCUACCCUUCUCAGACGCGCAACCCUGAAACCAAAACCGAACAUUCCGCCUGACAAGCGGAAUUCGCCGCUGGCUGCCCCGCCGUAGCGGGGUCGCUGUCUGGGAGUGAUCUAUGGCUGUGGACGGUCUUCGUGCGGAACUUCCUGACCCUAGUGCUAGUUUGCAACGGAACUGGUGGGCCUACAAACUAUGCGUCAAACAUGAAGGGAGAGCAGAACGAUGUAAGUUUGUUUGCAGUAUAAUUCGUUGUGCGAGUGUACUUUGAGCUUUCUCUUCUGUUUUCAUGGCCAGUAAUAAUAAUGUAGCACUUCGUAUUGCCACGUUUAAUGUUCGAGGGUUAACGUCCAGGCGGCGACAAGUGCAAUUAAAUCGCCUGUUGAUGGAAAACGACAUAGACAUUCUUGCUGUCCAAGAAACAAAGAUUGAAAGUGAA